CUGAGCAAUGUAAGCAUUUUUGGGUGGACGACCUGUAAAUUAACACUUAUUACUGUUUGUUGGAUAGCAGGUUACUGACAAUAUUAAGUUGUGAAAUAGGAAGUUAUUGAAGCUUAAAUAUGAGAAAUUUAGUAAAUUGGAUAGCAUGGUUAAGAAAAGGCUUCAAACUUUGAUUGAGAUGAUGGAUUUACUUCUUUUCUAUAUUACAUGUUGUAUGCUAAGGAAAGCCUUGUUUGCUGGCGCAUCUCCUUUUGAAAGGGUGGAAAAUGCUUUUGUACAAAUGAGGGUAUGCCUUUUGUUUUCUGUUAAAUUCUUGAAGCACCCAUGAGGUGCUAAUUAGUAGAGAUGAUUGUGGAGAACUAUAUUUUGGCAUAGGUUCAUUUCGAUUGGUAUACCACUUAUAUAUUGGGGACGUUCUCACGAAAUCUGUACAAUUGUUACUUUAUGGUAAUAAUUCACUGCCUGCUCGUUCCUAUUGAUACCAUCAGGCAUCUUGGUAUGGGCACGGUUAGAUGAAAAGGUUGAAAUAACUAGGAAAUAAAGAUGUGGUCAAAGAUGAGGUUAUCUGACCUAGGAUGACUUUAGUAUUUUUUUCAUCUCCUUUUUGCUGACACGCUAUUUUUCUCGAGUAAUUUGUUGCUUGCCAUGUGUCCAAGGAUGCAUGGUUGAGAUUGGGAUACUGAUAGCCAUUAAUGUCACACUAAUUAAACUGUGGUUUGAUUUCGAGUGGUUUAGGUUGUAUGCACUCUCAUGCCACAUAAUGAACCGUUUGAUUUACAGAUUACAUUCAGAACUAUAUUCUCUUCUGGUGCAAAAGAUGACUAUCUUGAGAAAAUCCUUUAUAUAACUUUUUUUCUAACAUAAAAUUUGUGCUUCUCUUUCCCUCAACAUAUUUGAAAGCUCAUUAGUUGCAGGUUUGCAGCUCAAUGAUCAUAAUUUGAUUUUAGUAGGUCUGAUGCUGAACAUGACGAUGACCGGCCAAAAGUGGAUAAGUUGGCUCUUAAGAGAAAAGGAAUAGGCUCUGAAGCGAGGGCUGAACGUAUGGCCAAUGCAGAUACAGACUUACAGUUGUUGUCUGGCCCUGAACGAGAAAGACAGCUGCUAAAGCAAAAAAGACGAGGACGAAAAGGACACGAGGAAGACGUGCUGGCAAAACUGGAGAAGUUUAAGUCUGGACUUUUUGCUAAAGCCAAUGGAUCUACUAAUGCUGUCAAGGAGGAAGAGUUAUCCGAUUGGGCAGCAGUUACACUAAAAUUCGCUCCUGAACCUGGAAAGGAUAAAAUGUCUCGUACUGAGGACCCCAACGAUUAUGUGGUACACGAUCCUCUACUGGAGAAAGGAAAAGAGAAGUUCAAUAAAAUGAUGGCCAAGCAAAAGCGACGAGAAAGGGAAUGGGCCGGCAAAUCUCUUACUUGAGCUGAUCUUCCAGCUGAGGAAAGUUGAAGAUUGAAGUGCUAUUUGUGAAGUUACUCAGUAUUCAUAUUGAAGUGGAGAUGAUGUUGGUUGUUUCUUUUUUGAAGGAAAGCUAGUUGGACUAUGCAUUUUGAGUCCCAAUGUCCUCUUCCGGAAAGAAGUUACAUAAGUGCCGGACCAAAAAUACAUCUGGUUAUAUGUAUUUUUCCUGUCCUGUGAUCGUUUCCUUUUAUUCAAAAUGGAUAGGAAAUGUUGUAGCAAUAUACUUUUGAUUUCAAAGGAAUGUGGAAAUGAUCUUAAGAAUGUAAAUAUUUAACAUUCCUGUUAAAAUGGCUCCAAAUUUGCUCA